AUGAUAACGUUUCACUUCAUCAAUUGCCAAAUUAUUUUAAUUCAUCGGCCGCAGCGUAUCCAGCUAGUAACUGCCACUUUCGUUACAGGUAAAUAUGCAGACUUGUCAGAUAUCUUGAAAUUGGUCUGGCUGCCUGUCAGACAUAACAUGAACUGGAACUUGUGCAAACUCGCUUACAAGGCGCUGAUUUGUGAAAAAUGGCCUCCAUAUCUCCCCUUGGAGCUGCGUGUUCACCAGCGCACUUUACGAUCCUCAUCAAUACUCAAUUUAGUCGUACCACAGGUUUCUGGAACCUUUCAAGGCUGUGCA